UUAAACCGGGUAAAUACACACUUAGAAUUAGCCGCAGUGAAAAUAUUCAAGUAAAAAACACAAACAUGGUUUAAGUUCACAGUUAAAUUUGAGAGAAAGUUCGAGAUGGUAAGGAAAUAGAAGAAGAAGAUGAUGAAUCCAAAAACUGACAAGCUAGUGAGGCGGACGACGAUGGUGGCGACGGCGGUGGCCUCUUAUUUUCUCUUGACCGCCGAUUAUGGUCCCCAGCCCAAUGCUUUGGAUCCUGUUAAAAGGGCAAUACAAUCAGCUGAGAGUUCUAUGAAAGAUUUCAUCUUUGGAUCAAAGAAAGAAGAUCAAGAAAGUAGUCAAAGCAACAGUGCAAAAGAGCAGUAAAUGCAUCAGAAAUUUUCACAGUUUUGUUAUGAUUUUAGGUGAGAAAUAACAGUUUCAUAGAAAGCAACUUCCUUUUAAAUCCUUUGCUGUAAAUUUUUCUCAUGAGGUUUUAGUAUCUGUAAUUUGAACCUUAUAUGUUUUUUGUUACUAUGUUUGUUAAUGAUGAGUUUAUAUUUGAUGGUUUCUUUUUA